CCACCAUCUCCUCCUAGGCCUGCUCCUCGCGUGCGCAUCCGUGCACCCGGCACCGCUGUCUCGCCGCAGUAGCGUGCAUCUCUGCGCACCCGCACGCCGCGGCCGCAGCCUCUCCGCGCCUGGCCCACGGCGCGCGUGUCGUGCGAGCUGGCGACCCUUGCGCCGCGCAUACACCCGGCCCAUCACCGCCGCACCGCACAGCAGCCGCGAGCAGCGGCUUCUCCUCGCUAUCCGCUAGCGCAUCACUGCUGCUGCGGCACUUCUCGCGCACCACAGCCCGUGCACCGCGCCCCCGCACUUCUGCGCGCGCGCCGUCAUACACACGGAGCUCGGCGAUGUACAACUCCGAGUUCGGGCGCCGGCUGCGCACGCAGUCCUCGGGCGCCGGCGCUGCAGCCGGCGGCGCCAGCGGCUCGGCGUCGCCGUCGGGCGCUAGCCGGGCACAUUUGCGCGCCGACUCGCACGGCGCCAGCAGCAGCAGUGCCGGGCCGAGCCGCCGCGGCGUGACGCCGGGCGCAUCCACGUCGACGGGCAUCGGCUCGCUGUACGACGAGCACCUGGACGGCGCCGCCGGCCUGCUGGCCUCGCCGAGCCGAGCUGGCGCACGUCGUGAGAGCACCGGAGGGCUGGAACGCACGCGCGAGGCAAGUGGCGAGCCAGCGAGGCCCCGCUUCAAUGGCGAUCGGCCACGAACGCCCGGGCGCCACAAGGUGCCGGCGUAUGCCGACAGAUACAUUCCGAGUCGCGAUGUCAGCGACAUGCAGACUGUGUACCAGCUGAUGGGCGAUGAGGGCACGUCGACAAGCCGGCAGAAGCGCAAGAUGGCGGUGGACAUGGAUGCGCAGAAGGAGGAAGCAAAUCAGGCCUUCUCCAGCCUCUUGACGACGGAGCUGUUCGGCACAGCAACUGGCUCCUCGCAUGGAGCUGGCGCAAAUGGGCACGCCGCGCAGCUAGCCUACGGCUCGAGUGCGGCUGGUGCCACUGGCAACAUGCGCCAUGCCGCGUCGGCUGCGGGCAGUCCGGCGACGCCGACGAAGAAGAACCUGCUCUCCUACCACAGUCCCUCGCCAUCGUCGUCGCGCUCGCGCAGCGUCGGCACGCCAGGGCGCAGCGGCGGCGCCGAGCGCAUCGGCCUCUAUCCGGGCGUCACUGGCGUGGGGCCUGGCGAGCGGCGCGGCAGCUCCGGCGGGCCCGUGGGCCUCUUUGGCGGCGGCUACCUGGGCGGCGCGGCUGAGACGCUCGACUCGCCGCACCACUCGGCAUACAGCCUCAGUCCAGUCAAGCUGGAGAGCCAGCGCAUGCUGCUCAGCCCGCGGAGAGCGCCGCGGACACUCAGCAAGGUGCCGUACAAGGUGCUCGAUGCGCCUGAGCUUGCCGACGACUUCUACCUCAAUCUCGUCGACUGGAGCUCGCAGAACGUCAUGGGUGUCGGCCUGGGCCAGUGCGUCUAUCUGUGGUCGGCCAAGGACGCGAACGUGAAGAAGCUGGUCGACUUGUCAGAGGGGCGCGACAAGACAGACCGCAUCACCGGCCUGAACUGGUCAAGCAAUGGCCGCUAUCUGGCAGUCGGCACCAACUCGGGCGAGGUGCAGGUCUGGGACGCCGAGCACGAGAAGAAGGUGCGCACAAUGACGGGCCACUCGUCGCGCGUCGGCGCGCUGGCGUGGAACUCGCCGAUCCUCACGACGGGCUCGCGCGACCGCUCCAUCCUGCACCGCGACACGCGCGAGCCGGAGCACCACAUGGCGCUGCUGCGCGGGCACCGGCAGGAGGUGUGCGGGCUCAAGUGGAACACGAUGACGAACCAGCUGGCGUCGGGCGGCAACGACAACCGCCUGCUCGUGUGGGACGGCCUCAACACGACGCCGCUGCACCGCUUCACCGAGCACACGGCCGCCGUCAAGGCGAUUGCGUGGAGCCCGCACCAGCAAGGCCUGCUCGCCUCGGGCGGCGGCACGGCCGACAUGCGCAUCCGCUUCUGGAACACGAUCACGGGCCAGCUGCUCUCCGACAUCGACACGGGCUCGCAGGUGUGCAACCUGCUGUGGAGCAAGACGGCCAACGAGCUCAUCUCGACGCACGGCUUCUCCGGCGGCAAGGUGCAGCACCAGAUCCAGGUGUGGCGCUACCCGACGAUGUCGCAGAUCGCCACGCUCACCGGCCACACGAUGCGCGUCCUCUACCUCGCCAUGAGCCCCGACGGCGAGACGAUCGUCAGCGGCGCUGGCGACGAGACACUGCGCUUCUGGGACCUCAACACGCCGUCCAAGAGCCAGCUCGAGUCGCGCGCCGCGGCCUCCUCGACGCUCGACCCCUUCGCCAAGCUGCGCUAGCUUCUUGCUCUCCCUGCUCUCCCAUACAACACUCAUACCCCUCCUUGCCCGUGCUCUUACCCUGCCUCAAUCACACGCUUUCCCGACGCUCAGGCUCCGC